AUGGUGAACAUUUCCGUGAACCACUUUGAAAUGGCUGCAGAAGUAACCAUCACUUUAAGUACAGAGGAUGGAAACUUCUCUGUCUCUAUGAUGCUGUACAAGGAUGAGGCAUUUCAGGACAUGUGGACCACAGUACCAUCCCUUAAGCUUGAUGACAACAUAUUUGUCCGAGUCCAUAUGCCGCUCAGUUUCAGCCCAUUUCAAGCAAAACAAGAUCUGGCAGAGAUCCGUCAAAGUGCUAUUUGCAUCUUUGAGGAGAGAGCAGUCCAAUCAGAAUCAAGCCUAGAGGGUGACCGUUGGAUGUGGAGGAGCCAGCCACAGCAGGAAGAGGAGCAGCCGCAGCCAGGAGACAACAAAAGAAGCUGCUCAUAUGUAUUUUUGCAUGAGACCUUAUCAAUAAUUAUGAAUGGAAUGGGUGCAGAAGCAAUGUUCAGGAUUCAGAUGUUCAAGUUUGUGGGUCUGGCGUAUAACAAUGUUUUCCUGCACUGCAGCGUUCAGAUAUGCCAUAACACAGAAUUCCUAUGCAAGCUGAACUGUACUAACAACAGAAGAGUAGCCAGAAACAGGAGAGAACUCCCUACAACUCAUACAGUUACAUAUGGGCCAAUUUCUCUUAAAGUAUCGGACGACAGGGUGUCUGACUCAGCCCAGAGGAAAUUCAUUCCAGUUGAGACAAUGAUCCUUGUCUGUGUCUUGACAGUGGUAUUAGUCAUCACCGGUGUGUUCGGCAAGCUCAUGUUGAAUUCUCGGAGAUCGUAUCCUGACAUGCAAGCGCAGUUAACUCUUGCCAACAUCCACCGUUCAGAGCUGGCAUAAUGAUGAAUGCAGUGAUUAACAUAUUUCUGCUACAUAUUAUAAAGCAAUCGGGAAAAGAAAAGUGUAUAGUUUAGUCCAGUGGUUCCCAAAUGCGGUUCUCAAUGCACCCCAACAGUCCAGGCUUUAAGGAUAUACAUGCUUAGGCACAGGUGACUUAAUUAGUACCUCAGUCAGUUUGAUUAUACAGUACGAUCUGUGCACAAGCAGGGACAUCCCUA